GAGACCGCCGCCUGCACGAAGAACAUGGACUUCACUUUGUUGGCGGGAACCCAGAACGUGUGCAGGGAGUCGGAACAGGGAUUGGUGGAGGUGGGGUCGGAACUAUUUUGCGAAGAUACGGGCGUGCCGCGCGAUUACUCCCAUUGGGCCGCGCUGCGCCGUGAGCUGCUGAAGAAGCGCAUUGAGUUGCGCGCUCCUCGCAUGCAAGCCACGGAUUUGCCGGCGGUCGAGGGGGAGCUCCGCGAGAAGAUGGCGGAGAUGCAGGACCGGCGCUUCGUGCAGCUCGAGACGCAGAUGGGCGACCUGAGCGCUAAGCAGACUGCACUACAACAGGAUCAAAAAGAGAUGCAAGCCUCCAUCGAGAAGAUUCUGAAGAUCAUUGCCGAGGCCGAAGCUUCCAUUCCCACCCCUUUACCUACGAAUGGGUCGAAUUGGGAGCGGGACUUGGGCCCAACUAUCUUCAAGCUGUCUUGCGCGGAGCUCUUCACCACCACAGAGGCCCUCAAGUCCAUAGAAGAGUGGAUUGGUGAGUUGGGCAUCCAACGCGACCAAUGUUAUGUGACCAUCGGCGACAUGACGAUCGAAGUGUUGCCGGGAUAUAAGUCAACCAAGUAUCUUGGCAGGAAGUUGCAGUUCAGCGACGCCAACAUGGCCGAGGUGGAGAACCGGGACGACCUUGAUCUGGCCAAGAUUUAUGACAUUGCCCGUUACGAUCCCCGCUUCAGGGAACUGGCUUUGGAGGACAUCAAACGCUUCCGAAAGUAUGUGCGCAAAGCAUCCAAGAGACGGGCCGUCCCAGACGGCACCGCCCCGCUGGAGCUCUCGUGGCAGAUGUUGCACCCCGAUGCGGGCCUGGAGGGUCUACGCGCUGGCCUCGGCGCUCAACGUGCACCGGUGGAGCCGACUUUCUUUUUUGAGGUGCUACUCGACGCUUUCAUGAAGGCGGGAUGGAGCUUUGGGGCUAGUCUCAAGGAUAUGAGUAAUGCGUUUGGUAGCACCUCCUGGACGGCCAUGGGAGCGAUGGGAGAUCCGUUCAUGGUUGCAGCGUUCUCGGCUACGUUUCAGCGCCGUGUGCAGCAGUGGGCGGAGUCGCUCCGUGCCGCUGACCCAUCUUUGCACCUCUUACGCGCUGAAUGGCAAGGUCAGGAAGUUGAUCUCAGCUUCUUUAAGUAUGCGGACGACCUUUAUCGCUACACCCUGAUCGCUCAGGGCGACCUCAUGGGCCCCUUCCUCGCCAAGUUGCGCUCGUCAGACGAUUUGCUAGACUCUCACCUCCAGGUGCGCCGCGAGCUUUUGAACAUCGGUUUCACUGUGAUGCGGAGCUGUUGCUUUGGAGUGACUAUCGCCCCCCCUGGUCUGAAAGCCGCUUGCCUGGCCCUGUGCCCCCGCGGACCCGUCAGAUUCGUGGGCACUCCGCGGCUUAUGGCGGAGCUCACGCCGCCCGCGUGGACGCAGGCCAUGUCGGAGACGAAGAGGGGGGCGGGCGAGGGCCCAGGCUCGGAGGAAAAGCCGUCGAAGCACGCCAAGGGCGGGGCCAAGGGCGACAGGAACGAGAAGGACUUCACCAAGGCCCUCAUGCUCUUCCCCACCAAGCUGUGCCUCACCUCGGCGCGAGAGCUCGCCAACUUAGCAGGCGCGGUUCACCAGGCGCGGGGGCCCCUCGAGACCAGCGACGGGGCCACUCAGCUCAUGAUCGACUCAGGGCUCAAGUACGACGAGAUGUCCAGGCAGAUGAAAGAACGUCAACGGGCAGGCGAAAAGGUAGACUUUCGCGCUCGUGGGCCCCCGCGCGUACAGUUGUGGGCCGCGGUCUGCCUCAACCUCGUCACCAACGUGAAGAGGUUCAUCCAGGGCGGCAAAGAGGAGUACGCUGAGACGGAGGCCAAUAAGUUCAACGGGUACUUCGCGAAGUACAUCCAGAGCGCCGCCCCACAGACCGCGGGCAAUCACGCGCUGCAUUUUCGGCAUCGGAAGCACAAGGGGCGGAAGACCGAGACGAGUGGCUCCUCGAGCCAGCAGCAGCAGAUGAAGAAAGGGCGGCUGACCUUCGCCUUCGGCUACAAAGAGCCUGGCAUGUUGGCGAGGGAGCUGAUAUUCUGGUGGCUCAACUACGAGGAGGACCAGGGGAGGGCGGAGCAGUUGAUUGGCCCAGCCCCGAAAG